AUGGGCCUCGUGGAUGACGACCCGUUGGACACUCUUCGCGAGAAGUCGACAGCAGCAACCUCUGGAAUAACCUCACCCACAGCCUUCUCCCCGGGGACGCAGAGUCCCUCGGGCAUUCAGAGUCCUCCGCCCGAGCACCAACACCAUCACCCGCAUGUCGACCAUGCCAAAGAGAGGCUUCGCCACUUCAUCCAUCCUGAUGGCCGGAAAAUCCACAUCGCCCAUACCCCAGAGGAGCACGCCAAGCUUCACAAGGAAUUGAGUCAACAGCACGGCCCUCAAGAAUUCGAUGUCGUGAUAUCUGGCACUCCAGAACACCUAGCUAUUAUACGCGAACUGCACGCUCAUCACUCGGCUCGACGCGACACGCUGCGUGAGACCCAUGGAGACAUCUUCCACGAGUUCGAGAAGGUCAGGGAUGACCUGGACCACCUGUCCAGCGAACUCAACCAGUUGACCCACCACGGCGUGGCCUUGGAUGCAAACUUUAGCAAGUUCGGCUACACGGCGCGCAUACGAACAAAGGAUGACCACAGCGGCUCGUCUACGCCGACGAAUUCUUCAGCCAGCUCGGAUCAGACUUUGCUCGACAAGCACCAAAGUCGUGUCGUCGAAGGGACGAAGUUCUUCAAACGGCCAGUGAUCCGUCAGUAUUUCCACAAGGGCCUGCUGUGGAGGUCUGCGCGUAGCGGCGAGGUCGGCACCUUUGAACUGUUCGCCGACUUGCUCUAUGUGGGCAUUAUCGGCAUCAUUGGAGACAAGGCUGCCGAGGAUCCUACCGGGAAGUCCUUCUUGGUGUAUGCCAUCAACUUCACCAUGGCUUUUAAGAUCUGGAACGAUCUCACACUCGUGUCGAACUGGUUCGAGCGAGACGACGUCGUUCAAAAGCUCUCGGUCAUGCUAUACUUGAUCCUUCUUUUUGCCUACACUACCAAUAUUUCUUACGCCUUCGAGGAGAGACAUCCCGGCGGAGAAUUCGACACGUAUAUUCCCAUGAUGUCCUUCUAUCUCGCCGAACGCGUCUACGGCGCCCUAUACUUUGCCUGGCUUUCCUACGUUGUGCCCCUAGUCCGGGGGACCCUCCUGUACACCUCCUGUAUUAUCCUCCUUGCAGCCAUAUUCUGGAUCUGCAGCAUCCACGUCAACUACCCGGGCCAACUGGCUCUGAUCUGGAUCGCCAUCGCCAUCGACCUCUGGGGUCAAGGCUUCGGCAUGUUCCUCUCGCGCGCAUCGUUCAGACUUCCACCCGCCCAAGGCAGUCGCAGGGAGCGCUUCAUUCGGAAGUACUUCGAAUUCUACCCGGCCAUCAACAUCGAACACCGCACGGAACGCACCAACGCCUUUGUGUCCCUGGUUUUUGGUUAUUCUGUGCUCACAAUUCUUUACCAGUCCCGUGCCAGUGUUGGCCUCAAUGCCUUCCUCGGCAAAGGCAUCCUCGGCCUUAUCCAAGCCUUCGCCUUCCAAUGGCUGUACUUCGAAAUCGAUCACCAAGGUGUCCAUGUGCACGCGAUCCGCCGCCACUGGCUCUCUAGUACCGUCUGGAUAACAUGUCAUUUGCCUUUCGUACUCUCCUACGUGCUGGCGGCCGCGACCCUCUCGAAACUGGUCAUCGCACACGACUGUGCGAACGCCAACGUCGAGGACCUGGGCGAGUCCUACCAGCCGAAAUCGGUUGCGGACAUCGACGUUGGUCUUCGCUGGUAUUAUUGCGGGGGCAUCGCCUCGGCGCUCCUCUCCAUGACGUUGCUUUCAUACUGCCACGUGCACAAGACGUUGAAGAACCCGCGUCUCAGGAAAGGCCCGCGCCUCGUCAUCCGCUCGUGCAUUGCCAUCGCCAUCCUCCUCCUCCCGCUGGCCAAGCACCUCUCGUCCAUCAGCCUCAUCGGCACAACCACGGCCCUAGUCUCGUUGGCCCUGGGCCUGGACAUCUUCGGCCUGUCCUGCACCGGCGACCGUUUCUGGACCGGCGGGUGGUGCGACGAGACGAAGCGAUGCACCCAGUACGAGGCACGGAUCCGGUGCAGCAAGCGCAAGAAGCAGGAGAUCAUCAAGGCUAUGCACCGUGGCGAGACGGUGAGGCUGGAAGAGCUGCUCAGGCGCCAGAGCACAAACUCCAGCGCCAUGAGCAGCCAGACCGAGCUGGGCGUAAGUGAGAAGCCGGGCGACGAGGAGUGGCAGCACGCCGCGCUGUGA